AUGUUGGCCCUCGAGAAUAAUGGACGACUGGUGUACAACCGACCCCUGAAAGUUUCCGUCUUGUAUGCCAAACGCAGAACACACCGUAACAAUUAUAACGAUCCACAUUAUUAUUAUAAUCAACCUUGUUAUGAGGAAGAGCAAUAUGUCUCUAAUCAUCAGUCACAAGACUAUCCCCAGGUGCCUCGUGAGACACCUUACCAUGAUGAAAGUGAACAUGAUCGUCGUGGGGAGGAUGUCGAGAGCAGUCGUCUACACCCUCGGAAACGACCUAUUGCACAGGAAACUGACGACAAGUCGUACAGUGAGGCGAAGAAGGCCCGCCUUCCCUCUCAGGAACGACCUAUUCCUCAGGAGACUGUAGAGGAGAACGACCAUCUUCCCCCUCAGGAACGACCUAUUCCACAGGAAACUGUAGAGGAGGCGUGCAAUGAGGAGGAGAACGACCAUCUUCCCCCUCAGGAACGACCUAUUCCACAGGAAACUGUAGAGGAGGCGUGCAAUGAGGAGGAGAACGACCACAUUCCCCCUCAGGAACGACCUAUUCCUCAGGAAACUGUAGAGGAGGCGUGCAAUGAGGAGGAGAACGACCACAUUCCCCCUCAGGAACGACCUAUUCCACAGGAAACUGUAGAGGAGGCGUGCAAUAAGGAGGAGAACGACCAUCUUCCCCCUCAGGAACGACCUAUUCCACAGGAAACUGUAGAGGAGGCGUGCAAUGAGGAGGAGAACGACCACAUUCCCCCUCAGGAACGACCUAUUCCUCAGGAAACUGACGACGAUUCGUCCAGUGAGGAGGAGGACGACCAUCUUCCUCCUCAGAAACGUCAACGUCCACAGGAAACUGACGACAAGUCGUCCAGUAAGAAGGAGGACGACCAUCUUCCCCCUCAGAAACGUCAACGUCGUCUCUCGGAAACUGACGACGAUUCGUCCAGUGAGGAGGAGGACGACCAUCUUCCUCCUCAGAAACGUCAACGUCCACAGGAAACUGACGACAAGUCGUCCAGUAAGAAGGAGGACGACCAUCUUCCUCCUCAGAAACGUCAACGUCCACAGGAAACUGACGACAAGUCGUCCAGUAAGAAGGAGGACGACCAUCUUCCCCCUCAGAAACGUCAACGUCGUCUCUCGGAAACUGACGACAAGUCGUCCAGUGAGGAGGAGGACGACCAUCUUCCUCCUCAGAAACGUCAACGUCCACAGGAAACUGACGACAAGUCGUCCAGUAAGAAGGAGGACGACCAUCUUCCUCCUCAGAAACGUCACGUCGUCUCUCGGAAAGUGCCUCGUGAGACACCUUACCAUGAUGAAAGUGAACAUGAUCGUCGUGGGGAGGAUGUCGAGAGCAGUCGUCUACACCCUCGGAAACGACCUAUUGCACAGGAAACUGACGACAAGUCGUACAGUGAGGCGAAGAAGGCCCGCCUUCCCUCUCAGGAACGACCUAUUCCUCAGGAGACUGUAGAGGAGAACGACCAUCUUCCCCCUCAGGAACGACCUAUUCCACAGGAAACUGUAGAGGAGGCGUGCAAUGAGGAGGAGAACGACCAUCUUCCCCCUCAGGAACGACCUAUUCCACAGAGCUGUAGAGGCGUGAUGCAAUGGGGAGAGAACAAACCAUUCCCCUCAGGACGACCUAUUCCUCCAGGAGCUGUGGGAGGGCGUGCAAUGAGAACGACCAUUCCCCCUCAGGGACGACCUAUUCACAGAGCUGAGCUGACGACAAAGUCGUCCAGUAAGGAAGGAGGACGUAUCACUUCCUGGAAACGUCAACGUCGUCUCCUCCAGAGCGGCGACGAUUCGUCCAGUGAGGAGGAGGACGACCAUCUUCCUCCUCAGAAACGUCAACGUCCACAGGAAACUGACGACAAGUCGUCCAGUAAGAAGGAGGACGACCAUCUUCCUCCUCAGAAACGUCAACGUCCACAGGAAACUGACGACAAGUCGUCCAGUAAGAAGGAGGACGACCAUCUUCCCCCUCAGAAACGUCAACGUCGUCUCUCGGAAACUGACGACAAGUCGUCCAGUGAGGAGGAGGACGACCAUCUUCCUCCUCAGAAACGUCAACGUCCACAGGAAACUGACGACAAGUCGUCCA